CGGCUCAAUAGCCGCUGGCUACCGGGAAAAAGUUGACGUUCAUUCGACAAUCACCAAAAGACUCCUCUGAUUGUGUCUCCAACCCGUAACGCUAUUCGACAAUGUUCGGCGCAUUCCGCAUUACGAAUCCUCUCUCAAGUGGCCUUCUUUGGAAGAUCCCCUGGCGGUUGUCCAAGUUCCAGAAACGCCGCCACCGACUUCGCCUGCGAGCUGUCGACAAUGUUGUAGCAACUGUUGAUGCAGCUCUCGCCAAGAAAGGACAGACCCUCGAGGCUCUUGAGCGAUGGAAGGCUGAGAUGCCCACCGAGGCUGAGAUGCUACCAAAGGACAAAUAUACCAUGUUCGACCGCAAGGCCAAGCGUUACCGCAAGGGCAUUCACAAACUGCCCAAGUGGACAAGGGUAUCCCAGCGAAUCAACCCUCCUGGUUACUAGAAAGGCGAUUUUGCAGAAUUGGAGGCAGGACAAUCGAGUUGAGGAUCUAACGGAGAACGGCGUAUUCAUCCCAUGGCGGGAUUUGCAGGCAGAUCCGCAUUGGGAUCUAUGUACAACACCUAUGUUUCACCUACGAACUUGAGAGGCAAUGUGACGACCACAUUUCCCGAUAUGAUACAAAACAAAAGGCUUUGGAGACGGUCUCAAAUGCUGGUGAAGGAGCAGACCAGUGGCACGCAUUGGGAUAGAAGAUAAGGAAAGAAAUACCAUAUAUGCACAUAGAAGAGGGGAUGCAGCUAUUUCCCCAAACAUCGAAGGCUCUGUGUUUGAAAAUCUAAGGGUAUCGAGUCCUAAUCGGCCGUUACGGACAACCGCCGCUUCCCUACUGCCCAAUUACUUCCCCUCGGCGUAUUCGUCUCGCUCUUCGGCUUGUAUCGCUCUGCCAACACCUCCUCUGCCCUCAUCGAAGUCCUCACGGUACUCGUCGCGAACUUGACCACCAGAUUUACCACGGCCAAAUUGACGUCCCUCUUCAAAGCCGGGAU